UGAAAUAGCAAAGAAUGCCAAUAUCUUGCAGAUAUAUUGAGACGUCCCAGAUAAUUUGCCAUUACACGACCAAAUAAAUCUGCACUUGUGUUAUUUCACACACCCACUCUCCACCUCACAGCAACUCAAAUUUCAUUACCUUUUAUCCCUUCUCCCUCAACUCAUUUUUGAAGUCUAAAAAUGUUAAUCUUUCUAGCCCCAUCAUCUCCAAAGUAUCUUCCAUCACAAAAACACAACUACAAUCACUAUGUCAAUCCCAAAACAACUCACUCCCCUUCACUAUUCAAGAUCCAAGCCAUGGCUAAAAAAAGCAGCGAAACCUCAAGUUCCAUAGAGAAAAUUGCUAUAGUAGGUGGACAAAUAUCUACACCAGUAGUUGGAUGGUCUCUUUACACAUUAAAAACAACAGGGUGUGGUCUGCCACCUGGACCUGGUGGUUCAAUUGGUGCACUUGAAGGGGUGAGUUAUUUAGUUGUGGUUGGAAUUGUGGCUUGGUCAUUGUACACUAAGUCUAAAACUGGCUCAGGUUUGCCCAAUGGACCAUUUGGUUUGUUGGGUGCAGUUGAAGGCUUGUCAUACUUGUCAUUGUUAGCCAUUUUGGUUGUGUUUGGGUUGCAGUUCUUGGAUCAAGGUUCUAUUCCUGGGCCACUUCCAACAGAUCAAUGCUUUGGUUAAAAUCUGUUUUGGUUGCAUUCGUUGUAUAAUAAUUUACUUCUUUGAUCCAAGAAUCAGAAUGAAGAAAAGACCAAAAGAUUGUAGUUUAAAAUUUUACUUCACUUUUUUUGUGUUAUUGUUGAUAAUGUUUUGGAAUAGGCCAUGGAAUCGUUAUCCAAAGUUAUGUGGCCUUGGUUUGUCUAGGCUGGCAUUAAUCAAAGAGACGCAGUUCUUUUUA